AUGCUACCCGCUUCUCAACCUGCAACAUCAGAAGAUACUGUUGAUGACUGUACCAUUUGUUUGAACGUUCUCGCACAAGGCACUCCACUAUUGACAUUGUCGUGUUGUCACAAAUUUCAUUUUCAAUGUUUGGCAUCGAAUAUCCAAGCAAAAAAUAAAGAAUGUCCUUUGUGUCGUGCUACCAUUGAGGAUUCGGUCGUUCAAUUACUGACAGGUCCUACUCAGCCACCAGUGCAACCACAACAAACGACACCAAUUCCACCUCCUGCAGUUGUUCCUUCGGUCGAAGAUCUAAUCGAUGAAGUUGCCGUACGGGAACUUAGCGAUCGUCUGGCUUCUGCUCGUCAGGCUGCCAUCGCUUCAAUGAAUGAUACUGGCAAUAUUCCAUUGAUCAUUGUUUCAACGACUGUAGAAUAUGGAGCUCAAGUUUCGCAUGAAGAAUCGAAUAUUUACGGUCUUGUCACUCUUCAAGCACCAACUAUAAUCCUACCAGCAGAGACUGCAUCGCUCGUGUCGUCUCGUGUUCCAAUUGAUCUUGUUUGUGUUGUUGAUCAAAGUGGAUCGAUGGCGGGUGAGAAAAUAGCUCUACUAAAACAAACUUUGGUCUACAUUGUCGAACAAAUGAACGAACUUGAUCGGCUAGCUAUUAUUUCAUUCAAUACUAUAGCUUUUGAUCGUUCACAUGGUCUCAAACAAAUGAAUCAACAAAACAAACAGAUCUUGACUAAUGCGAUCAAUACUGAUAUUACUGAUGGAGGUGGUACUUAUAUCGGAAGCGGAUUGCAAAUGGGCAUCAACUUGCUUAUUAAUCGCCAAACAAAAAAUCCAUUGCAUGCUUUACUUUUGCUUACCGAUGGUCAAGACAAUGAUAGUCAUGACUAUACGCAACUAAUGCAAACUUUACCCAGUGGUGUUCAAUGUCAUACAUUCGGUUACGGACCUGAUCAUACGGCCUCAUUAUUGGUCCAACUAGCCGAACAAGGAAAUGGAGGUACAUUCACUUACGUUGAUGAAGAACAUGCUAUAGGUCCUGCAUUCGCAAUGGCUCUUGGUGGCCUAUUUACAUGUAUUGCACAACAACUUCAUAUCAACAUUGAAUUCACUGAUGGCUAUAAGAUCACUGAUGUUCAUUCAAAAUAUAAAUAUGAGCCUGAACAAUUGCCUUCAGCAAAACUUAAUGUUAAGUUACACGAUUUGAAUGCUGAAGAAAAGCGAAACUUUGUUUUUCAAUUACAUGUGCCCAAAUUGGACAACCAUGAACAAAAUGUGGACAUGACUACUCAACAAUCAAUAUCAUUGACUCAAUCUUCAGAGGAAAAACAAUUGUUUGAAAAUCAAAUAAUUGGUAAUGUGACCGUCAUCUAUGUCGAUCCCAAUACUCAUCGUACAAUAACAACAGAUCCAGUGUCUUUUAAGUUAGUUCGAGGUUCUCAACCUCCAAUUGAUCUGCUUUGCGUCAAUCAUGAACUUGAUAUUCAACGAAACCGAGUUGAAACAGCACAUGCACUUGCACAAGCAAUGGCUGAGAAUGAUUAUCGACAAUCACGUGCUAUUCUCGAAGCUCAAGUAAACAAAAUCAAGGCUAGUGCAUCUGGGCAAGAUCCUUUCUGUCAAAAAUUAAUUAAAGAUCUUGAAUAUAGCUAUCCAUCGGAACGUGUUUAUCGAUCGUCACACCAAAAUACUUAUAGGUGUCAUGUAACUGAACGAGGCACAUACCAGCCGUCAAGCAAUAUUAGCUCACGAGACUAUGCUAAUGCCUGCCAACGGCGAAUGGCUUUGAAUUUCCCAAAUAACAAGUCAUCAUAA